AUGGCACCCAACAUCCCAAUCAUCAUCGGCAUAGGCGACAUCAAGAACCGGUCCACCUCCAUCGCCGACGCAAAAGAGCCCGCAGCACUGAUGCUAGAAGCCAUCCAAGCAGCCAUCAACGACGCGUCAUCUUCAUCUUCAGCAGAUCUCCAAGCAGCAAUCGACAGCAUCGACGUCGUCAGGACAUGGACAUGGCCGUAUCCGGACUUACCAGGCCUCUUAGCAGACAAACUAGGCGUGCAGGACGAUUUAAAAUGGAAAAGAUAUUCUGAACACGGCGGUGAUAAGCCAGGGAAACUGUUCGAUGAGGCAGCCAAAAGGAUAGCAAAAGGGGAGUGUAACGUCGCUGUUGUUACUGGGGGUGAGGCUUUGGCAUCACUAUCCGCAUGUGCAGCAGCCAAAAAGCUUCCUCCACCAGGCUGGACGCCUCCCGCUGAAGCCGUAGACUCUGUCUUUUCACCCACAGGUCGCGAUCUAGGAAACAGUGAGAUAUCAUCCCUCUCCGGCAACCCAUGCAUUCUUCUAACAAACCCCAAAGAUAUCGGUGCUAUCCACAAGAUCGGAGCGCCUAUACACGUCUACCCAUUAUACGAAAACGCCUUUCGAGCGCACCGAGGACAAACUCCGCAAAAAAACCACGAAGAGAGCGCAAAGCUAUAUGCGGAAUUUGCCAAAGUAGCCGAGAAGAAUGAAAUAGCAUGGAUUUACGGGAGUUGCAAGACCGAGGAAGAUAUUAAGACCAUAGGGAAGAAGAAUAGAAUGAUAUGCUACCCAUAUCCCCUCCUAAUGAAUGCCUUCAACACGGUAAACCUCGCCUCUGCCCUCCUCCUCACCACCCCUCAAACCGCCACCUCCCUCGCCAUCCCCCCCUCAAAAUGGAUCUACCCCCUUGGCGGCGCCGGCACAAAGGACUCGGACGAAUUCUGGCUGCGUCCAAACUACCACUCCUCACCCAGUCUGUCGCGCUCUCUCGAUGCCUGUCUCACCAUAUCCGGCACCUCCGUCUCUGAACUCGAUAUCAUAGAUAUCUACUCCUGCUUCCCUAUCGUGCCUAAACUAGCAGCGCAACAUCUGGGCUUACCGCUCGUGGGCGGCGAAAAGAAGUUGACGGUGCUGGGUGGACUGACGUCGUUUGGGGGCGCGGGCAAUAAUUAUAGUAUGCAUGCGCUUACAGAGGUGACGAGGCGGUUGAGAGAGGGGAAAGGGAGGAAGGGUUUGGUGCUUUGUAAUGGUGGUGUGCUGAGUUAUCAGUAUGUUGUUGUACUUUCAAAGGAACCAAGAGAUGAGGGGGUUGGUUACCCGACGGAGAAUCCGCUGCCGUUGCAGAUUACAGAUGUGCCUGUUCCGCAGAUUUUGGGGGAUGCUGAGGGCGAGGCGGUGGUGGAGACGUACACGGUGGAGUUUGGGAGGGAUGGGACGCCGUUACGGGGGUUCGUUGUUGGGAGGGUCAAGGAGGGUGGGGAGCGGUUUCUUGCAAAUCAUGGGGAUGAAGCAACGUUGAAGAUUAUGGCGGGAGGUAAGGGGGAGAUUGUAGGGAAGAGUGGGUUUACAUAA